AUGUCAAACUCUGCUGCUGAUCAUCACAACUCAUGCACCAGGUCAAGGAGACGUGUGCAUGAAGCCACAGAAGAACAAGAUACUCCUGUCAAGUCCGAUGACGCCAACGUUAAUGCUGUCUUUUUUCGCCGUAGAGUGCGCAGGUUGUCUGAAUUCUCAAGAGGGUGGUGCAGAUGGGCUUCCAUGGUUUUGAUGGUGUUAGCUUUUGUGUCAGUGCUGUCCAAGUUUGCUUUGCUCAGUACGUUUCCGGAAUUGAGGAUGAUGGAAACAAUAGGUUUCAUUCGACCAGGGAUAUCAUCAACAAUGCAACAAAACAUGGUCAGUGAAGGUGGCAAUUGUGAUCCCAUUUUUUAUUUGAUUUCUGCUAGUCAGACUGGUGAUAUUUGGGCGCCACCAGAGAAUGCUAAUUAUUACCAAUGCGUAAAUCGAUCGAAGAAGGACCUUCGGAAUGGAACAGCCACAAAUGGCUAUCUCCUAAUUCGUUCCAAUGGUGGAUUGAAUCAAAUGAAGCUUGGGAUAGGUGACAUGGUUGCAGCCGCAAAACUUAUGAAUGCCACUCUUGUUCUCCCUUCUUUAGAUCACAAAUCCUUUUGGACCGACCCGAGUGAUUUUAAGGACAUUUUCAACUGGAAGAACUUCAUGGAGGUUUUAAGAGAUGAUAUCGUAAUUGUAGAGUCACUUCCACCAGAGCUUGCGGAUGUGAAGCCCCGGGUUAAGGCUCCGGUUUCUUGGUCGAAGCCCAGUUACUAUAAACAACAGAUGGUCUCAUUAUUGCAGAAGCACCGGGUGCUUAAAUUCACCCUCACAGAUUCCCGACUUGCUAACAAUGUUGCUACCUCAAUCCAGAGGCUCCGCUGCCGUGCUUUGUUUAAGGCACUGAGAUUCACAGCUGAAAUCGAACAACUCGGGAUGAAGUUGGUUGACAGAUUAAAGAACAAUGGUAGCAGAUACAUUGCUCUCCAUUUAAGAUAUGAGAAGGACAUGCUUUCUUUCACAGGCUGCAGUCACAAUCUUACCCAAGAGGAGGAUAGAGAGCUUGAAACAAUAAGGCAGCAGACGCCGCAUUGGAAGCAUAAAAGGAUCAACGGCACAGAGCAGAGACAUUUAGGACAAUGCCCCAUGACCCCAAGAGAGGUUUCUGUGUUCCUUGAAGCAAUUGGGUUUCCUUCAGAUACAAAAAUAUACAUAGUGGCUGGUGAGAUUUAUGGGCAAGAAGGGCUUAAACCAGUGCAAGACAAGUAUCCUAAUAUAUUUUUCCACUCAAAUUUAGCAACUGAAGAAGAGCUACAACCAUACAAGGACAAGCUCAAUCAGCUUGCUGCCUUGGACUAUAUUAUAGCAGUGGAGAGUGAUGUUUUCAUCUAUUCUCAUGAUGGAAAUAUGGCCAAGGCAGUCCAAGGUCAUAGAAGAUUUGAAGGGUUUAGGAAAACUAUCAGCCCUGACAAACGAAGGUUUGUGAGAUUGAUUGAUAAGUUGGACAAGGGUGUGAUAACUUGGAAAAAAUUCUCGUCCCGGGUUAAGAAGUUACACGAAAAAAGGAUUGGAGGACCAUAUCGCAGAAUUUCCAGAAAUUUGCCCAAACUUGAGGAGAACUUUUAUGCAAAUCCUUUUCCAGGUUGCAUUUGUGAAAGGUCUAGUGGCUCAGACUCAACAUCAACAACAACAACAACCCAAAAGAUCACAACAGGGAGACGAAAGUUAAGAGGAAGGGUGUUUUAA